UUCAGUUCAAAAAAAAGAAAGGCUUUUCUCUCCAUCAAAAUUAAGGAUCUCAACCUUCCUUCUUAUCAACAAACAUUUCAUCAUCUACCAAGUACCAGGUGAGGCUCAAAAGUUCUCUCUCCCAUGGAAUCACUGGGGAAAGAAAAAAGUUCCCCCGAGAACUCAUGCAUAAUUAUUUCUACACCAGAGGCAGCUCCAUGUCCAGAUACACCACUGCAGAGGGCAACGGAGAAGAAACAAGAACUGGUUAUUCUAGAGGAAGAAGCAGAAGAUCAAGAAGGGGCAAAGCGUAUUCGCCUACUAGAUCUAAAGCUAAAUACAAGUGAUUCCAAUCAUGGGUUCAAUCAAGAACUCAAUCUUAUUGAUUACUUCAACACAGGUUCAUCUCGAACUUCACCAGAAACGCCACUUACAGAUGCGGAACAGCGAGUUUUCUCAUGCAACUAUUGCCAGAGAAAAUUCUAUAGUUCACAAGCGCUUGGCGGACACCAAAAUGCCCACAAGAGAGAAAGGACUCUAGCAAAAAGAGGAGAAAGAAUAGCAGCACAUAUAGCAGCCUCGGCCAGUGCUUUUGGACACCCAUAUUUUCACCACAAUCAUUACUCCAGCAUGGCUUCUCUUCCACUACAUGGUGCAUAUGGCAGAUCUCUAGGAAUCCAGGUGCAUUCAGUUAUCCAUAAGCCUUCUCCUAUUUCUUCUUCUAGGUAUGGAAAUGUGUAUGGACACCAUGGCUGGUCUAGGCCUCCUAUAGACCAACAACCAGCAAUCGGAAGGUUAUCCAUGGAGAAUCACCAUGCAAAUGCCAAAGGACCUGAGUCUAGAGCUGCUUUUGGGAGGUUCAACAUAGGGAGGUCCCUGAUGAUUUCUGCUGCUGAUGAUACAAUUGAUAAUUCUUGGUGGAGGGGUAGCGGUAGUUUGAAGACUACCCAGGAAGAGAUACAGAAGGUUGACCUAUCCCUCAAGCUAUAAGUGUUUUUUUUUUCGUUAGUGAAGCGUAAUUGUAAAUUUUUUUCCUGAUAAAGAUUUUGAUUACUC